UGCCAGCUGAAGUCAUGAGCUGAAGUUUUUACACUUUUUAGUUUUUAAUAUUUUUGUCGAAAAAGAGCAGUUUUUGAGCUUGCUUUUAACAAUUGUGGAUGAAGAAUAUCUGUAUCUUUAAAAAACAUGUUUUGGGGAAUCACUCUAGAUGUUGGAAAACGCUACACUCAGACUGUUGAGAAGUCAUUUCAUCUUUCAAUGGCAGCCUUAGGUUUUAAUAAUCCCACUCCAGAGCCAGUCACUAUAAUGGUUGAAGUAGACAAGGCACAGUUUGCUCUUUGUACUCUUCAGCCUGGUAAAAUCCCUCAGCAAACUUUGGACAUUGCAUUUACUGAAGGAGAGGAAAUCACAUUCUACACUGAAGGCAAUAAUGAAGUA